GAUCGGCGAGCGAAAUCUGGGGGAAGGGUUCCUAUGCGCUCCGGCGAGCGAGGGACGAGAAGUUAUGACCGUGGGCCCGAUCGGGAGCAGCGAGCUCGCGAGGCGCACUGCCAGUCCUCAGAAACGAUGAACUGCAAUGGGGGAUCGUCCGUGGCUGGCGAGGAAUGCAAGGCGGCUGCUUCCGUGGACAACAGACCGAUCGUCACCUAUGCCGGAGAUGAAAAUUUGUUUUCUACAUUGGAGAAGAAUAUACUGCAAGCUAUACCUGUGGAUGCAGUGGAAUGGCGCAGGUCAUUUAGCAGACCAAUUAAACAAGUCAAACUUGGGGCUACCUUUGUGCCAUUUUCCAGGGAUAUUUUGCCCACUGACAAAGAUUGGCAUCUCAUAAAGCAACCAAUCUUUCAUAUUUAUUGGACAGAAUGUUCUGAUGUUGAUACUUAUAAGACUAGUGUCAGAGAUGAUAUUGAUGCCUGGUUAAAAAUAUUGAAUUUAUAUCACAUUCAAGAUUGGAUGAUUGUAUUGGUAGAAACAUAUGAUGUAAAAAAGGCCAAUAAACUAUUGCCUAGGACUACUGUAUUAGAUAAAAUACGAAGUGACUUUGCUGCCAAGAAUGGUGACAGAUGCUUUGCUGUAAUUAAUCCAAUUAAAUCUGAAUCUCGUUCUGCGGAAUCAUGGAGAGGCUUAAUAACUCGCAUUCGUCAUUUAAUGUUGACUGCAUAUGACAGAACCUUGUCACGCUUUGAAGAUAUUAUACGGGAGCAGAGAGAAAGGCGAAACAAUCCUAAUUGGAAUUUCUGCCAUUAUUUUCUUCUACAGGAAGAACUGGCAUUUGCGUUGCAAAUGUUAGGUUUAUACGAUGAAGCAUUGGUGCAGUAUGAUGAACUAGACGCUCUCUUUACACAAUUUGUGCUCAAUUCUAAUGUAGGAGAUACUCCAGGAUGGUUAAGUCUGUUUCAAACGCCUCUGAACAAUUGGGGAGGUGUGAAUUUAAAUAAUGGUACAAAUCAUCAUUUAAGGUUUCUUUUGGCUGAAUGUAGGGCAUCUUUAUUAGAUCUUAGGAGUUACUUGUUUAGUAGACAAUGUGCCAUGCUACUUCUGCUUAAUAAACCUUGGGAGGUUGCACAAAGAUGCUUAUCGUUUGUUCAUAAUAUAUUGAGCGAGCUAAGAAUCUUAGAAGUACAGAAACCCGAAGGAUCUGUAGAAUGUUGGUCAUUCCUCUGUGCGUUAGAGGUUUUACAAGCGUGUCAACUAUCCACCAACAAUAUCGACAACAAUCAACAGUUGGACUUGUGCUCUUUACAUACAGCUAGUUUAUGGGCACUUGCAAGGGACAAGUUAGGAAGCUUAGGAAAAUUGUGCGGUCUAAUGCCGGGAAGCGAACCGACUAGUGAACAAUUGCACACAGUUGUAUAUCUUAUAGCAGGUAUAGGAGAUUCGGAACCUCAGGUAGAAGGCAAAUUAACUCCUACGGACAAGUUAAAAGAGGCACUGUCAUCUAAAGAAGCAUUCAAGAAACAGUACCUAGAGCAUGCAGAAUUAGCUAUGGGCACGUAUAAACACGUCGGCCGCAUUCGCUCAGCCAGAUUAAUUGGCAAAGAAUUGGCUCGGUUCUACAGUGAACUAGGAGAAAAUCAGAAAGCAGUUGCGUUUUUAUCUGAUGCUUUAAAAACUUAUAUGGAUGAAGGUUGGAGUCACUUGGCUGUGCAAACACAGUUGGAGCUAGCCGAAUGUUACAAACGGAUGGACGACGUCGAUAAAUAUACUAAAGUGUGCGCAGCAGUAGCUAGUGCGAGUCUUUUGCACAUAACAGUACGCAAUACAUAUUUGGAAGAAAUGUUAGGGUAUAUGAAAAUGAUUUCUUCGCCUCAACCAUUACUCGCGGAACUCGGAUGUGCUUUUACAAUACUCAGUAUGGAAGCUAAAGUUAUGGAUAAAAUAGUACAAGACUGUGUAGUUAACGUCGAAAUCAGUGUACAGAGUUUGUUUCCUCGAGAAGUAAGAUGCACUAGCGCUGCUAUCUCUGUAGAAGAGAUACAAAAGCUAUCUAUGCCUAAUAAGAAAAAAGGAUUAAAAUCAUCUGUUGAGCCUCCAGUACAAUUGUUGUCAAAGUGUACAUUAGAAGAUAUGAAAUUACUUGAUCUCAGUUUAUUACGUUUGCAAGUAUAUUCUUAUUUGGAUUACAAGGAAGACAGGAGUCUCGGUUCUGCCAGUGUAAUUAAUAAAAAUAUGAAGCCGCUCGUGAGACGUUCAGAUAGCUCAAAACACAGAAAACCUUCAAAUAACACAAAAGGUGAUUUUAGCAAAGCGCUCUCCUGCAAUGAAUUUGUUAUGAAACCUGGUGAAAAUACAUUUGUUUUAACAAGACGAGUGAAUCAACCGGGUUUGUACAAAGUUAGCCAAUUAUCAUUGGUGAUAGAAGAAAAAUUAGAGUUUUUAUCACCUGUACUGAAUCCACGAUUAUGCUAUGAAGUAGCAAAGACGCAGCCAACAAUAUCCGUAAAUUGUGGCAGAGAUUUAUUGGCGGGUCUUACUCAAGAUAUUGAAUUAGUUAUUUCGAGCGGAAGUACAAAGAUAACCGAAGAAAUGAAAUUAAAAUUACGUACAUCACGCGGAUUGACCGUGCAAUCGCAAAGUGUUGAAAAAGUAAUGGUGAAGGAGUUAGAGAUACCACUGCCAACGUGCGAACCGUUUCAAACCAUAAGAAUACAGUUAAAGAUUUUAGCUGAAUUACCACCAAAGAAGGAUGCUUCAUCUAUGGAACACAAAUUGAAUAUACAAUGUCCAUGGGAUUCAGAAGAAAGCAUACCUUUGCAUUUUGGCCCACCAUUAAUGUCAAGUAUGAAACUUCAUACAGCAAAACAAAGAAAAUUUAUUCAAAUAGUCGUGACUGGUUUGACAAGUCAACUUCUACAAUUAACUGAGCCUGAACUAAUGACAAUUUCAUCGAUAGACGUUAACUUUAAAAGUUUAAAUCCUGUCGCGGGUCAGAAAUUAGUGAUAGGUAAUGGAAUGAAUGUUUCUUUUAUGUGGGAACUUGAGAUUGGAAAAGACGAAAAAUCCACGAUACCAAUAAAGACUGACUUUCGUGUAAAAUAUAUAUCAGUUAAUGAUACUGAAGAAUUAAAUAAUACACAUGUUGACGAUGAUCCACUACACAUACAUAAUUUAGAAAGAAUUGAAAAGGCAUGUAGUGUUUACAGAUGCAACUUUGAUAUUACAGAUUAUGUGACUUUAUUCACAGUAUCUUCGAAAGUUGAAACGAGUGGUGGUGGAGGAGAGUUUUGUCGUGCUGGUAGUAUGUGCCACUUGUGUCUUACAGUGAUGCGUAUGCCUAAUGUUAGUCCAAAUCCUCCACCACAAUUAAUGUACGAAGUUCUGGCGGACCAAACUAUGUGGGCAGUGUGUGGUCGGACAGCGGGCAUUGUAUCGUUAGAAAUAGUAGAGAAACAAAGCGUUACAUUAGACGUGAUGCCUCUGACAAGUGGUUAUUUACCUCUCCCUGUUGUUAGAUUAUCUCGAUAUAUACCCGCAACAGAAUCGAAAAAUGAUAUCGUCCGUAAUAAAAAUGAUUUAGGAUCUGGUCCUCGAUUAGAGCCAUUUAGUCCGGGACAAGUGUAUAAUGCCAGUAAAGCACAACAGGUGCAUGUUCUACCAGCAGCUCCAUCAGAAUCGAAUUAAAGAUGUAUAAAUUGUUGUUAAAGAUAUGUACAUCACGUUCUUUGAUAUUGUGUAACAAAUCAUAAACACCUUUAUUUAGAAAGAUUGAGAAAAUAAUCGCAAGUUGUUUUUUUUGUAUUAAAGUGAACAGUUAUGUAAAUAUUUUGUAUUAAAUUUAUAUAGUAGAUAAAAAAAUUUAUGUUAUAUCAUAUAAAUUCAUAUGUUAAAAUAAGAAACUCGGCGUUAAAUACAAUAGUCUAAUAUUUAUUUAUUUCUGUAAGAUUUACAAGUUUAUUUUAGUUCUCCAUUACCAAAGCUAUAUUCAUCUUUCAAAAAACUUGAAUGUUUUGAUUAAUAAUUAUGUUAAUGAUGCCAUAAAGUUUUUAUUUAAAAAUUACGUAUUCUAAAGUUUCUAGUUUUUAUCGAAGUAUAUAUUUUGUAUUGAAACAUUGUGUUUAAUAUACAUAAUUAUUAUAUUUUAUAGUUGAGUUUAUAUUUCACUAGAAAGCAAUUAUAUUAUUGCAAUAAUAUUAGACAUUGUAUAUUGAAAAAAUCUGGAAAAUGUUCUACUUCUCAAUGAUUUUUAAUAACUCAAGUAUGAUAAAUAUUGAGGAAACUCACUAUGUGUCCUAAAUUAUGUACUUAUAUAUUUUUGUCAUAUUAUAUUAUACAUACGAUAUUUUUUUCAUUUAUUUUUUUUCUAUUUCACAUUCAUUUACAAUUUAUUACUGUAUACGAAACUUAUUUGCUAUCUCUUGUUUUUGUCUAAAAUAUUUUAAUAUUUUCUACCAUCUUAAUUUUAUAAGAAGGAUGAUAAUAUAAGAAUUUUUCUUAUAUAUAAAACACAAUAUAUGUAAAAUUUGUACAAAUAUUUGUUAGUAAUAUACUCAUAAGCUUGUGAAUAAAUGUUACAUAUUUUUACUAUAUUAAAUUGUAACAUAUAUAUAGAUAUAUAGUAGUAAUCCUUAUGGACAUAAGUUUGAUACGUAAACUAGGAAUUUAGUGCUGUGUAAAAAUAUAUAUUGUGUUCGUUCAAUAAUAUUUAUAUUUCAAUUUAGAAAAUACACCUGUAGAGAAAGAACAAUAUACAUCACAUUUGUUAUCGUUUAUUCAUGAAAACUGGAAAUACUGUCAGAUCAAUAUUUCUUACGUUGCCAUGUUUUCUAGAAUAUUAUGAUAUUAUAUAUGUAUAAUUUUUUAAUUCAUAAAUGUAAGAUAAUUACAAAAUACUCUUGAUUAUUUACGAUUAAAUUGCAAAUAUCUUAUAAUUUUAUACUGUUUAUUAUUUUAGUUUUUUGGUAGAAAGUAUUUCUAUUAAGUAUUAAGUAGCAUAAUACUAUUCUAAUAAGUAGCAUUUAUACUAUUAUAGUUAUUAUAUUUUGCAUAUCUAUUUUUAUUAUGUUUGUUGAUCUUAUGCCUAAGAUAUGUAUAUUCAAAUUGUUAUGUAAUAAUGAUAUAAUAAUUUUGGUGGUAAUGUUAUACCAAAUAUUUGUAUACAGGAUGCUUGUUAAGUAUUCUAAAUGAUUUUAAGAUGUGAUUCCUCAUUCUAAUUUAACAAUAAGACAAAAACUUAUGAUCUGAACGUAUAAGAGAAUUAAUUAAUCAGAAUCCUUUAUUUUCCUUCCCAGAAUAGAAAUGAAAGACUCUAUUUGGUUAAUUCUCUUAUACAUAAUGCAUUAUGUGUUAUACAAAAAUCUGUGCUCUGACCUUUAGUUUCGAAGAUACAUAUCAAGUUAAAGAGAAAAAAUGUUAGUUUUUUUCAAACAUUUCAAAAACCACUUGAGUUUUUUUGAUAAAUUUUUGUAUAUGUUUGAAGAACAUAACUCAACUGGUUUUUGAAAUUUUUUCUCCUCAACUUUGACGUUCUAUAUCUUUGAAAUUAAUCCGUUUUGGAUAUAUGGCUAUAUAAAGUUUUCGAAUUAGUGUGAGGGACUUUAAAAGCUCUUUUAGAGUCCUUAAGGAUCACCCUGUAUAUAAAAAUGGAGAUGCAUAGUUAAUAAAAUAUAUUUUAAUUAAGUAUUUUAUUGCAUAUUCUAGUUAUAUAUUCUAGUAAAUGAAACAUGUUAUUAUUAUUUGUAUAAAACUAUUCUUAUGUUCUUAAAACAUUGCAAGAUUCCAGAAGUAUAAAUUAACUUAUAUAAAAUAUAUUUUUUUCUUAUAUUUUAAAUGUUUUUGAAAAAUUUAGUUAUUCAAUCAGUGUAAUGUUUCUCAAGUUGUAAUUUAGUUUGUGCAAAAAAAAAGAACUUGUAACAUUCAAAAUUACGAUGUCCUGAGUUAAUUAAGGCUCAAAAUUAAGCUGUAGUACAUAUUUCAAAAAUAAAUAUACGCCAAAAAUGUUAUUAUGUCUAUACAAACAAAUAUAAAUAUAUGUAUAGUAUAAUAAUGUAUUUUAGUAUUUUCUUUUUUGGUAAGCAAUAAAUAAGUUAUAUUUGUAUUUAUUUUGUAGAAUGAAUGUGGUAAUACAAUCUUGGUAUUUCAUAAUCAACCUGUAAUAGUUUUUCAAAUUCACGAAAAAAAAAA